ACCACUUGUAGCAUAGAUUUACCGUAUUUGAAUUACGUACGUGUGACAAAUAAGCAUUACUUUUGCAUGGUAAAAGCUAUUAUGGCAUUAAUUAUGGAAAAUUCAACAUUUACAUACGAACCCAAUUCUACGUUUUAUCAAUAUGGAAAUGACUCUAAUUACACCGAAUUAGUUUGCGAUCCACAAGGGUCGGGUAACCCAAUAGAGUCACCAGAAUUUCAAAUUACCGUUUAUAUAAUGUACAGUGUUAUAUUUCUGGUAGCUGUCAUAGGAAACGGAAUAAUAUGUUAUAUAGUUUUAUCAUCAUCAAGGAUGAGGACAGUGACUAACUAUUUUAUAAUGAACUUGGCGAUUGGCGACAUAUUAAUAACUAUAUUUUGUGUGCCGUUCACCUCUGUUUCAUCCCUUCAACAGUACUGGUCCUUCGGUUCGUUACUUUGUCCAGUAGUAAAUUACUCGCAAGCCGUGUCAGUAUUUGUCAGUGCUUACACUAUGUUGGCAAUUAGUCUGGAUCGAUAUAUUGCCAUUAUGUGGCCACUGAAACCAAGAUUAUCGAAGAAGUUUGCCAUUAUGAUUAUACUUUCUGUUUGGAUUUUCGCUGGAUUAACGGCGCUUCCAAUUCCAGUAAUGACAAGUUUGGAUCAACCCAAUGAUUGGUAUAUUGCUUGUGACAGGUAUGUAAUUACUCAUGAUUUUCUGAAUUUACUCUCGGUUUUGACAAGUCAUUGA